AUGGGCUCCAUUGGUGCGUCUUUGUCGUCACCUCCCUCCCAUCCGGGUCUUUCGAAUACUGGCGCUGCUUUACAGCUCUGGGAGUCGGCCUACGCUGCUUUCUCGAAUCCCACAGCCCUCCUUUCUUUUACUCGCAAAUUUCAAAUCCUUGAUCAGGAUGGAACAUUGAACCGGGGGAAGGUUGCUUUCUUGACUACUUGUAUCAUCACGAUGGCCGGCUGCGGUUUCCUUUCUUCAUUGCUGCGGCGCAAGGGCUCCAAGCGGUCCUCUGGCCGCCAGCGCUUCCGCCGUCGAAUUCAGAAUGACGACUCGAAAACGUCGCCAGGGACCACCACUUCUUCUGAAGAGGAGGAUUAUGACAGCAGUGGCUCACUCCAUCACGGCACGGACGCUGCUUUGCCUCAGGAAAAGGUGACGCACAAACAUCACGAGCGGUCGGCGGACGCUCUCGCCACAGAUCCAGGUAUUUUGAAGAAGCGUUCUUCCUACCUCUCUUAUUCGACAUCCAUCGCCACAUAUCCAUCGAUCAGAACAUUCUUCAGUCCACAUCCACACAUGGACAAACUUCCAACCAAGCCUACACCAAUACCAUUACUGGUUUUUGUACACGGCUUGGGCGGCUCGUUGGCUCAGUUCAGUCUUUUACUAACGAGUUUAGCCAACGUUGGUCCGUGUUUUGGGAUUGACCUGCCUGGGUGCGGACUAUCGACAUUUGCUCCCACGGACUGGGACGCUUAUACCGUCGAAGCGAUGGCGGAACUACUGUUCACAGCUAUUGAACAACAUCGCGACCGGGAGGCGGGCCAGAAGGUCGUUUUGCUUGGUCAUAGCAUGGGGUGCUCUCUUUCCGCUUUGAUGGCAUCAUCCGCGUCGUCGAUUGGGUCAGAGCUGAAGGAACAUAUUUUGGGACUGGUCGCUAUCUGUCCACGCGCAUCUCCCCCAACCCCUGAUGAAGUCGCGUCAUACCGUCGCCUUCUCAGAAUUCCGGAAAGUAUCUUUGAUAUGUGGCGCUAUUGGGACCGACGUGGCGGGCUUCACAGUGCAAGUGUGAACCGGUUAGUCGGCACCGAUGCGGACCCCGAUACAAGGGAGCUUCAGGUGCGCUACAACAAACAAAGCAAAACUCCUGUUUGGAGGCGUAUGGCGUGGGGAACUCUCCCCACCUAUAAUAAGGACGGCAAGGCGAUUGGAGGUAUUCCAGGAGAAGAAGUCUGGGCAGGAGUCAAGACAUCUGUCCUCCUUGUUGCGGGUGAGUCUGAUGCGGUAACCAAGCCUGCGGAACUUCAAAAGCUUCUCAAAUUCCUCGGUGAAGUUGGACCCCAUGCAGAUGUAGGGGCUGAUGGAAGCGCCAUUAUACCUGAUGCGUCCGAAACUCAUGAUACAGUUUCAGCGGCGUAUGAUCGUUUUGCACAUGAAGAGGAAUAUGGUCUCGAAGCACAAACGAGUGAGAAGACAUUAAUCGAUGAUCGUCGAGCCUCGAGUGAAAAGAAACGUGCUGUCAAGACAGUCAUUCUUCCUGCGCCAGCUUCUCAUGCUCUUCUUUACGAUCGUGCAACGUAUCGCACCCUGGCGGGCAUCAUCCAAGAUUUCCUCUCGCAACACAUUGACGAACGCUUGAGUCUUGGAUGGCAGUUGCAGUACAUGAACACCUCUGGCAAGUGGGAUGUUAAAAACCUCGCCAAAUGGAAGAAAGUCACACCUGUGUCUCAACGAAUUGCGAACACCUUUGUCGCGCUUAAGAUGCUGAGAGAGGUCGAUGAAGAGCACAAUCCUGUGCUGUUCUCGCAGAAGUACCGCGACCAAAUUUACGCGGUCAUUGACAUCAGCUACGAGAACCCGGUAUAUAAUCCUGCUUCUCUCGAAAAGGGAGGCAUCCAUUACCAGAAGCACCCCACAGUAUCGAAGAUCCCGCCGACGGCUGACGAGGUUCGAGAUUUCGUGGCUUUGGUAGAUCGGCUUCAGAAUGAGAUCACCGAAAAGAUGAAGAGGUCCGGUAACCCUGACGGUCCCAGGCCUGUGGUUGGAGUGCACUGCCACUAUGGAUUUAAUCGAACCGGCUUCUUAAUUGUCAGCUACUUGAUUGAACGAUUGGGCUUCAGAGUCCAGGAUGCCAUUGAUGAGUUUGAAAGGCAACGACCACCCGGUAUUCGGCACGGACAUUUUAUUGAUACUUUGUUUGUGCGAUACUGUGUUGGGCUCAAGAGGGCGCCUACACUGUAA